AUGUCUCGCAAAAUCCAAGCACCAGAUGAUGAAUUAGCCAUCUUUUUGAUCCUCCGUGUCAUGGUCCUCGUGGUGUUUAUAUGGACUAUGGUGGUUAUAUGGACCAACUGGUAUGAGCGCAGAUCAGUUUACCUGCAAUUUGCACAUUCGGCUGCAGCUACUCGCAAGAUCAAAUACCUUACCCCACACCUAUACAAAAAGAAGCAUUGGGUCGAUAUAUCCAGCACCGGAAACCCACCUACCAUAGGGAGAAGUCUGAAUUAUGGAAAGAAGAAUGCGAUGUUUUAA